GACCCCUUUUUCACGGAGGCCAAGACGGCAGGUGGCGCUGGGAGCCCACAGGUCUUAGCAAUGAAGGUCUCACCGAACGUGGCCUCAUGGUCGAGGAUGUAAGCGGGGACUUUGAUGCAAAGUGCAAAGAACACUUUGAGCAGUCCUUGGACAAGACAACCUUUGACUUUGAGAAUGGCCCGCUGUGGAAGCUCCGAUUGCUCCGUCAACCAGGUUUCCGAGGUCCCCGUGGUGGACGCAGUGCGAUGCUUUUCAGCUUCGUCCAUUCCAUUGACGACCAGAAGAGUGCCAACAUACUGCUGCACGAUCUCCUCUCCCACAUGGAGGCCGCCGAAAAAGGCGACCCAAUUGAGGAUCCCAAGCCUGCAGCGUUGCCAGCUUCCCUGGAGGACGUUUUCCUUCAGGAUGAGCUGGACGUCCAGAAGUUGGCGGGAUAUGCUCUCUCACAGGCGAGCGCUGGCGCGGUGCCCUUCAUGAAAGUUCCUUCCGCACUUCGUGCAGCGGAACGAAAUGUCCGCAAGAACUUCGGGCUCAAUCCGGCUCAGCCUGUAGCACAGGAGAGGAACAUGACGGUACCUACAGCUGCCGCAGAAGGGAACGCCAAGCUUCUGAUGGCAGAGGCCGUCUCCUCGGAGAGCGACUUCUGGUCUGAAAGCCGCAAGAAUGUCGUGUCCUUCCGAAGCCUUCCUGCGCAACAGCUUUCGCAACUGCGGCAGCUGUGCAGAGAGAACAAUGUCACCAUGUCCAUGGCUGUUGCCACAGCCGCUUUACUUGCCACCAGCGACAUCAGCAAUGACGAUAUGGACUUCGCAUACGAAGCUUAUCGUGUGCUGCUGGGGGUCGACAUGCGCCGUUUCGCCCCUGGCGGAGACUGGACGCAGGGAACCAUGGCCUAUGCGUCUGGUGCGCUGGACUUCACGCUGCGAUUGCUACCAAAGAGUGGCCAAGCUUAUGCCGCAGAGCAUGAGAAUACAAGCAUACGUUCGAGAAUAGGAGGCGUUCCAUUUUGGGAGCUGGCGCGGGCAGCAGACUUCGCAGUGCGCGAGUGGGUAGAGAAAGGAUAUGCAGCCGAAUCCACGCGGCUUUUUGACAUCGGGAUUCGCCUUUUGCGAAUGGACAACAUUAUCCGGGAAACGGCCAACGAUCCAAGUACUUUAGGUCGCGCCUACUCGGUUACCGUGUCCAACGCCGGGAUAUAUAGCCAGGGGCCUGACAAUGGCAGCUACGGUAGCCUUCGACUAGACAAGAUAUUCUUUGGGAUUUCUACAGCCAUCAGUGGAUCCUUGAUGUCGGCUUCGUGCCUGACAGUCAACGGAGACCUUCUGAUCACUGCUCACAGCGCAGCUCCCGUGGUCAACCGCUCGGACAUGGAGUCUUCGCAGAUUUCCGAAUAG